CACAAACCUACACCUGCCUCUGAGCUCAACUUCAUAACCCGUGUACCAUGUCUUUCUCUUUCUCUUUACCACUUACACCCUCAGCAUCCACUAGUAAUACGAGCACGUCGAGUAGCCUUCUUACGACCGUAAAACAAAAUGAAGAGCAUUUUGUUUGUAUCCCAAUAGCGUUGCAGAGUGGCCCAGGACAGAAAAGUUUCGAGGAAGUCCGAGCAGAUGAUUAUUUGAAAGCACUCUCAACGACGGGUCGAGCCCCACAACCAUGUCCACAAGAACCCAAAUUACCAGCAGAACGCGCUGCACUAGGUUUACCAAAAUUAUUUGAACCAACUAGCAUUUCAAAGUCUUCUAACGUUGGCGAUCUACCCGAGUGGCAAACUUUCUCUUCACCUCUAUCAUCGCCGGAAGGAACGCUUUACAGCAUAACCGCGUUGAAUGACUAUUCCGCGUUUAGUUUCGAGGAAUUGCGAUAUCAUACAUAUCGCAAGGGCAAAAUCAACCCACCCAACACGAUAAAACUAGAACCUUUCACCCCUCCCACCCCCGUCCAUCCCAGCACCACGCCGUCGACGACACUAAUUUCAAAUGGAAUAGAAUACGGUGGUGAUACUAAAGAAACAUUCUUGAGUAUCUCGUCUAAACCGGAAUUCGCCUUGCAUAGCUUUGAGGAACUACGCUGUGCCUAUGCGCAAGCUCGACGAGAGGUCACAUCCAGUGAGAUUUUGGGUGCAUCGGGUGCAUCGGUACCGCCGCCUGCACCAGUGACGUCGAGCUCGACAUUUCCUCCUCCUCCUCCCCCUGUUGCUGGCGCUACUUCUGUACCAACUUUCUCGUUUGGGUUUGAACGGUAGCGAAGCUCCCCUUUUGAGUUUCUUACGGGAAGAAAAAAAAUGUACGGGUAGAUUAUGUAUUAGCAGCUGGUUCUUGAAAUCUUGUGUAUUACAGUACCUUUUUGUACGACUUAUACCCUAUUAAGUACAAUUAC